UGACGGUGGAUUUAAUGGGGUGGAAUUUCUGCCUGAAGAUUUCAGAGAGGCUUCCAAUGAAACAACAAUGAGGAUGAAUGAAAAAUACUCCUCUCUUCCUGCUGAGGAGAAGGGGAUCCACAUUAUUAACAUCAGAGCCAUUGAAGAUAUAGGAUAUGUCCGCACAGAAAGCACGAUAUUAAAUUCAUUUUCGCAAGAUCCAGAUGCCAAUUGCAAGUAUGGACUUUAUUUUAGAGAUGGAAAAAAGAAAGUGGAUUACAUCCUGGUUUACCACUACAAGAAGUCGUCUUUCAGCAGAACGCUCACCAGACGGAUCCAUUUUAAUGACUUGGGGCCUCGCAGUGUCAAACAAGAUCAGCCUCUUCCUGGAAAAGGAGGGGAGAUGAACAUGGAUGAAAAGGAACCACACAUGGACUACCAUGAAGAUGACAAGAGAUUCCGCAGAGAAGAAUAUGAAACCAAUCUUAUGCAGGCGGGUCUUGAGUUGGAAAGAGAUGAAGAUACUAAAAUACAUGGGCUUGGGUUUGUAAAAAUUCAUGCACCUUGGAGUGUUCUGUGCCGAGAAGCAGAAUUUAUGAAACUGAAGAUGCCUACAAAAAAGGUAUACCAAAUUCAUCAGCCAAACGGCCUCUUGAAAAAAAUUAAUUCUGUAAUUCAAAAAAUUACAGAGCCCAUCCAACCUAAAGUGGCAGAACACAAACAACAGACAGUGAAACGUCUCUCUUACCCCUUCUCUAGGGAGAAACAACACUUAUUUGAUUUGUCUGACAGAGAGUCCUUUUUUGACAGCAAAACCCGAAGCACCAUAGUUUACGAAAUACUGAAACGAACUACCUGCACCAAAGCCAAAUACAGCAUGGGGCAAGGAGAGGGAAGAAAGAAGGAAACUACCCUUUUAAAUAAAAGACGAAAAUGUGAUAAGUAUGGGAUCACCAGUCUGCUUGCCAACGGUGUUUACAGUGCUGCAUACCCGUUGCAUGAUGGUGACUAUGAAGGUGAACAUGUUGAGGCUAAUGACAGAAAACUCCUGUGUGAAGAAUGGGCGAGCUAUGGAGUUUUUUACAAGUACCAGCCAAUUGACCUAGUGAGGAAGUACUUUGGUGAGAAGAUUGGAUUGUAUUUUGCCUGGCUGGGAGUUUAUACACAAAUGCUCAUUCCAGCUUCCAUCGUAGGGAUUAUCGUGUUCCUGUAUGGUUGCGCAACAGUGGAUGAGAAUAUACCAAGCAUGGAGAUGUGUGACCAGAGAAUCAAUAUCACCAUGUGCCCUUUAUGCGACAGAACAUGCAGCUACUGGAGAAUGAGCUCUGCUUGCGCCACAGCCCGGGCAAGCCAUCUGUUUGAUAACCCAGCAACUGUCUUCUUCUCUGUCUUCAUGGCUCUGUGGGCUGCUACAUUCAUGGAACAUUGGAAGAGAAAACAGAUGCGACUGAAUUACAAAUGGGAUUUGACUGGGUUUGAAGAAGAGGAAGAGGCAGUCAAGGAUCACCCAAGGGCUGAGUAUGAAGCGAAAGUAUUAGAAAAGUCACUAAGAAAAGAAUACAGAAAUAAAGAGAAGGGCCUGCAAUUGCCGGAAGAGGCAGCAAACAAAUGGCGACAAAGAGUUAAGAAAGUCAUGGCUGGGGUGAAAUUGACUGAAAAAGAAAAACUGACAUGGAAAGAUCGUUUUCCAGCAUACUUUACAAAUUUCGUGAGCAUUAUUUUCAUGAUUGGGCUGACAUUUGCAAUUGUUUUUGGGGUUAUCAUAUACCGAAUCUCCACUGCAGCAGCUUUAGCCAUCAGUUCAUCUCCAGCUGGCCGGUCUAAUAUUAGAGUAACUGUGACUGCAACUGCAGUGAUUAUUAAUCUAGUGGUGAUAAUAAUCUUGGAUGAAGUAUAUGGCUGCAUAGCCAGAUGGCUGACCCAGAUUGAGGUUCCAAAAACCGACAAGAGUUUUGAAGAACGUUUGAUUUUCAAGGCCUUCCUUCUGAAAUUUGUCAAUGCCUACACUCCUAUUUUUUAUGUUGCUUUCUUCAAGGGGCGAUUUGUUGGACGCCCCGGGGACUACGUCUACAUUUUUCAUUCUUUCAGAAUGGAAGAGUGUGCUCCUGGUGGUUGCUUAAUGGAGUUGUGCAUACAACUCAGCAUUAUUAUGUUGGGCAAACAACUGAUUCAGAAUAAUCUUUUUGAGAUUGGCAUCCCAAAAAUGAAAAAAUUGAUAAGGUACUUGAAGCUGAAACGACGACGGCCUGUAGACCACGAGGAGCAUUUGAAGAAAAAACAACGCUAUGAAGUAGACUAUAACCUGGAGCCUUUUGCAGGCCUGACACCAGAAUACAUGGAAAUGAUCAUUCAGUUUGGAUUUGUAACCCUGUUUGUGGCAUCCUUCCCGCUGGCUCCUUUGUUUGCACUGCUGAACAACAUCAUUGAAAUACGUCUGGAUGCAAAGAAGUUUGUUACUGAGCUUAGGAGGCCAGUUGCGGUUAGAGCCAAAGACAUAGGAAUAUGGUAUAAUAUCCUCAGAGGUGUAGGAAAACUUGCUGUGAUAAUAAAUGCAUUUGUGAUCUCAUUCACAUCUGACUUCAUUCCACGCCUCGUGUACCUGUAUAUGUACAGUGAAAAUGGCACCAUGCAUGGCUUCGUGAACCAUACGCUAUCCUAUUUUAAUGUCAGCGAUUUUCAAGAAGGAACAGCUCCUAAUGACCCUAUGGAGCUUGGCUACCCAGUCCAAAUUUGCAGAUACAAAGAUUACCGAGAGCCCCCAUGGUCUGAAAAUAAAUAUGAAAUUGCAAAGGAUUUCUGGGCGGUUCUAGCAGCAAGAUUAGCAUUUGUAAUAGUGUUCCAGAACUUGGUCAUGUUUAUGAGCGACUUCGUGGACUGGAUUAUUCCAGACAUUCCCAAAGACAUUAGUCAGCAGAUUCAUAAAGAGAAAGUUCUUAUGGUGGAGGUCUUCAUGAAGGAAGAACAAGGAAAGCUGCAGUUGAUAGAAACCUGGAGAGAUAAAGACAAAAAGAAAGGUGAAAACUGUAACAACCACAGUCCCAGGCCAUCAAUGAGCCAUAGAGGGAGUGUGUCUUCCUGUCAUUCAUGCCAUGUGGAAGUGUAAAUAGAGGGAGCUGUUUUACAUUGGGGCAUUCCAUUAAUAAACAAGCCAUGACUUAAAGGAUAGAACUUGAUCUUAAACAACCUGGUGCAUGUUUAAGCAUA